CUCUCUCUCUCUCGCUCUCUCUCUCUCUCUCUCUCUCUCUCUCUCUCUCUCGCUUUUCGACUUGUAACGUUUGUCUUCCUCUUGCUCUUUUACUCUUUUCAACAACUCGAACUCGUACACAAGUCCCCUUUUUUCUUUUCUUUAGUCUUUUCAGAAAAAGUCCUACACUUGCAAAUCGUCCUUCUCGCUCUCCUCUCUCUCGCUUUCUCUUCUCUUUCUUACUCGCUCGCAUACACGCAUAUCCACCACGCAACCAAAAGUUUUCUCUGAUACAACUCCUUCACUUCAAAUCACUUCUUCUUCUUCUCUUCUCUCUCUCUACCUAUCUACCAAACCUAUCACUCACAUAUACAUACACCUUACACGGUUCCUUUUUCCCUCUUUUAUAAUACUUGCGAUAAAUCGAGUCCACUUGGCCAAAUGAGAGAAUACAAAUUGGUUGUCUUGGGAUCAGGUGGUGUUGGCAAAUCGGCUCUGACGGUUCAAUUCGUUCAAUCGAUAUUUGUCGAAAAGUACGAUCCAACAAUCGAAGAUUCUUAUCGUAAACAAGUCGAGGUGGAUGGACAACAAUGCAUGUUGGAAAUACUGGAUACUGCUGGCACAGAACAGUUUACCGCCAUGCGGGAUUUGUACAUGAAGAGUGGCCAGGGUUUCCUUUUGGUUUUCUCCAUCACGAGCAUGGUUACCUUGACCGAUCUGCAAGAAUUACGAGAACAGAUCAUGCGUGUCAAAGAUAGUGACAAUGUACCGAUGGUCUUGGUUGGAAACAAAUGCGAUUUGGAAGAAGAACGGAUGGUAUCGCGAGAACAGGGCAUGAUGUUGUCACAAGAAUGGGGUGGGAAGCCGUUCUAUGAAACCUCGGCCAUGUACAAGAUCAAUGUAGAUGAAGUGUUCUUUGACCUCGUUAGACAGAUCAACCGCCAGAUGCCAAGUCGAGAAAAACAAAAGAAGAAGUUGAAAUGUCUUGUCCUGUAAAAAGAAAAAUAUCGAACCAUUCUCCCCGCCCUCACCCUCAGGUUGAACAAUACCAACCGUUUUCUUUUGUCCUCUUCCAUCUUACUACACUACUACUACUACUACCACUAUUGCUACUAAGUACUACGUAUACUUUACCCCGCAAUCCCCUCUUCUUUCUGCUCCUCCAACCAUCUUCAAUUUGCUGUCUUUUCAUCCAUCGCCAUUCCCAAAGAGUAACCUUACUUCUUCCUCUCUCCCGCAACAUUUAUAACCGCAAAGCAACUCACAACGCAUAUUAUAUAUAUAUACUCACAUCGACAAUACCAUAUCCAGUCCUUUUUCCUUACUCUGGCUGUUUCUCUUUCUCGUAUAACAGUGUUGCUAUGCACGCUAUCCAACCAUUUCCAUUCUCACUAUAAUACAUAAGCAUUUUUGUUAAGCAUGAUGCAUCAUUUGUCAAGUGAUCGACAAG